UUUGAAACAUUUGAACACGGAUAUGUGUCAAGUUAACAUUGAUUAUAAGUUUAUGAAUGCUAUAUGCAGGUUUUAUAGUAGUAUUCAAUCUAUGGAAACCGAAACUUCUUCCUUUAUUCAUUGUUUAAACUUCUGUGUGUUUACAAGCAUCAGUCCGACUGAGUGAUUUAAACUGAGUGAGUUUGUAACAUGGGUUCGUUAAUGUCCAUGUUGAGACCCUCGUGGCUUUCUAGUUGGCAAGUUCACUCUGACGACGUCAGUCCGGAGUCAACAAAAGACUACUCGCAUGACGUGUUCUUGAUGCACUCGACAGAAGACACGGAAAUCGCAAAAACAAUAUGCGAAGGCCUGAAGAAAAACGGGCUGAGAUGCCUCGCGGAAGUCGAUGAUAAACCCUUCGGACGACUGUUCUGCGAAAGCAUACGUCGUUAUGAAAGAGAAAGCCGCACAUCUGUUCUUGUUUUGACGAAAAACACUGUUAAAAGUCCCUGGAUCACCUUGGCGACCAUCCACGCUCUGGAGGAGUCCAGAUACCGGGAAAAUCAGCUGGUGCUGCGGCUGCUUUUGAUUGACGUCCAGGAAGACGAAGUACCAGUUCUCAAGCUGGGGUGUCUGGAGAAACUUCCCCAUUUCAUCGCGAAGUACAAUGAAGUUGGCUGGGAGAGCCAACUGUUGGAUAGUCUUAAUAAGCCUCUCAAUGUUCGUGACGUCCUUCCCGUCGGCAGUUUGGCUCAUGGGCUGGUUUAUAGUCAUUUCUCGGGAUUGUUGUCAUACAUGCUUCCUAAAAAACUCGAAGAAGAAAUUAGAAAAUGGGAUAAGUUUAAAGAACAUAAAGAUAAAACAUGUAUGAACUACAACAUGCUCUUGCCGAUGUCCUGUAAGUUGCUUGAUUCGCUGAGCGGAAAAGACGAGGAUUCCGGCACUGAAAUUCAACAGACCGCGGAACUUAAAUUUACGACAACGCACAUGGGGAAGCCCCGAGACUUUAACAUAACGAUAUACAGAAUAUCAAGAGGCGAAGAGUUUUACUACUUCUACGCGGAUAUGCCCUUUGUUUUGAACUGCGUUUACGAGCUUAAAGAAAAACAACUUGCAAAAGGCGUGGACACAAACCUUCAGUUUCAGCGAUUCAAGCAUACGUACAACACUCUUGUAAACCACCAAGACUUUAGGCGGAGACGUAACAACCCACUGAGAAUGCUCGAAUACGAUGAUGAGAAAACCAACCACUUCAAAGUUCUCUUCGAUGCUGUCAAGAAAAGUGUAAUUGACCAGAGAAAUACCACAGCCACACAACCUCCAGAGAGCAUUGUCACACCGCAGUCACAUAAACAACCAAGCAAUCCCGACCAGGUAAUUGGUAGGGUGUACGUUAGUUGUUCGGAUGACACUGAGGAUAGGACAAUAGGAGAAGCAAUUGUCAAAUAUCUUCCCUCAAAAACGAUCAUGGCGGACAUCGACAGCGGCGAUGUGGGUAAAGGGGCUUCUAUGAGCGAAAACUACAACUGGUACGUGUUCGUCAUAUCCAUGAAGAUUUUGAACGACACAAAAUUCUUCUCCAAAAUCAGUGAGAAACUCCAACACAGCAUUCACGAAAAUACGUCAAAAUUGAUUGCUGUUCUACACAAUGUCGAUAUCAAGAAUGUUCCUGACUAUAUCCAAUGGGUCACGAUUGUUUGCACGAAAGAUAAAAACUACCGUGAUCACAUCUACCAGACAGUGAUUGGCGGCCCCGUGACCAUGAUUGAGAAGAUGCCAUGCGGCGAUGUGGUAACAGGGCUGUGUUGGGCGUACCUCAUCAACUACCUGAAAUUGGCUUUGUUCCUGCGCACGCCUGACAACGAAGGAAGUCUUGACCUCCAAGGUCGUAUCAAGGCAUUCCUUCGUAGCAAUAACCUGUCGUAUGGAUGUGCUGACAAAGUGUACAUCCUUUGGCCUAGCUCGUGUAAGAUGGAGGACGACAUUGACAUAGUAGCACAUAAACAAUUAUCUAAAGAACCAAUAGUAAAGUUGGGUUCUCUGCCACCUGUUCGUGCCAAUACUGGCGGACAGCUGAACCGGCCGUUCACAUUCAGUGUGUACAAACAUACAAGACCAAAAACCCAACAGAGCACGUGUUUCAUCGCGGAAUAUUGCACUCCGAUGGGAUGCUUGUACCAGAUGGCUACGAAGUUCGCAUUCGCAGGGGUAUAUAAGGAUCAUCUGUCAUCACAAGGCAAGGACUUCGAGAAGGCCUUCACAACAUUCACGUCCUUGCCUGUGGUUAAGAAGGAGCUUGGCGACUUCCAGAAACACACGAAGUUUCUGUACUAUGAUGAUUCAGAGACGUCCUUAAUACAGGUUAUCGAAGAACAGGUUAUCGAAGAACAGCUCAAGCACCAGACGAACGUAGUGUUCGCAGAGGAUAGUUUGGAUUCUUAUGUUGAGCAAUUCAUGUAAACUAUUAAUUAAAAUUAAGUUGAAACUACAAAAAAUCAUAACCAUUAACUAUAGAUUUUCAAGACUUGGUUUGAUUUAAAAGCCAGAUGAAGCUGUUCAACUGAGCAAAGUAAUAGCCCUUUAAAUGGAAAGGAAACGACUUUUCAAAAUUAAAACCUUGCUUCAAUAACCAUGAUUGUUUUAAGCCCGCUGAUUCGCGAGAAAUAGCUUUUGUAUGGACCAAAUGUUUUAAUUAAUUUCAUCGCUAUUGUUUUGCUUCUUGGUAGGUAUUAAGUAAUUAUUCUGCCCUUGAUUUGCAUUAUAUAUUUACUAUGUGUGAGAGAGUACAUAAUCAAUGAUUGUAUGUAUUUGUUGUAUUUACUCGUGUAUUAACAUUUUUGUGAAAACUUGAUAGAGGACUUAUAUUGUUGUUUUUUUUUAACUGUGUACUAUCUUUCAUUCGAUGUGUUUCCUGUUUUACACUUUCUAUAGAAAUGAGAUCUAAAAUAACUUCUAUAUGCUGACGAUUUCUGUGAGCUUCGUAUUGGGGCAUUAUAUUAUGAACACGGUAUUAGUGAACGUUAUGCUAUUUAAGCGUUCUGAUAGCUCUCUUGUAAUGUUUUAUUUAAUAG